AUGUCCGUCAAUGAAAUUGUGUUUGCCCAAAAGUACUUGGAUCUUAUAAAUAUCACGUCGCCAAAGGUUCUUUCCGACAACUACUCUGUUCCAAUUUCAUCUGUCAAAUCACCUGGAGAUCUUUCGUUUCGCAAACUGAAAGUCAAGGCUGUUCCUCCACCAAGGGGCGAAGUCCAAGUCCAAGUCAAUUUGAGAUCUAUCAAGCCACCAAAGUUCAGUGUUGACUAUUCACUGAGCGGUAAAGCGACGAUAUAUUCGCUCAAACAGAAGUUAGUUGAGGAUGGCCAAGUUGCCGACAAAUCAACUAUCAAGCUGAUGAACAAGAGCAAAAUUGCUGGGGAUGAAGCUUCCUUGGAAGACUUAGCAAAAGACAACAAAGUUUCUUUGGUUGUCAUGGUAUCUAAAGAGACAGCAUUGAACGUCCAGGAGGAUGCAGAACCCCAGUCAGAAUUGCCUUCCAGAGUAAUCACUUCCCAAUCCUGGACCAAGAUCCAUCAGCUCCUGCGCGAUGAUCUGGGUGAGCCAGAGGCCUCGAAGGUGCUCGACAGGUGGAAGACUUCGUCAUCCUAG